CGGGGACGAGCCUCCCGCAGGUGCCUCCGCGGCAGCCCGUUGUCAUUUGCCCGCCCCGCCGGGCCCCGCCGCGGGGGAGGCGGGAGGCGGCGGCCGUGGAGGGGCCGCGGGCGGCGGGUGCUGAAGGGGAGCGAGUUCAUCUGAAACUGGACAAGAGAAGAGGAAUGGAUAUGGGUAACCAACACCCAUCCAUAAAACGGUUGCAUGAAAUACAGAAAGAAGUCAAAGAGAUUGAACAGCAAGUGGCUGUCUUCAGUGGUCUGUCUACCGACCGAGAUUACAAGAAAUUGGAAAGGAGCCUUACUAAACAGCUCUUUGAAAUAGAUUCUGUAGACACAGAAGGGAAGGGGGAUAUCCAGCAAGCCAGAAAGCGAGCUGCCCAGGAAACAGAGAGGCUGCUGAAGGAACUGGAACAAAAUGCAAACCAUCCGCGCAGACUGGAAAUAGAGUCCAUAUUCAAGGAGGCACAGUCUCUUGUGGAACGCGAGAUCACGCCUUUUUACAAAGGAGGAAACUGUAUUAGUGACGAAUUUGAAGAAGGAAUCCAGGACAUUGUGUUGAGGCUUACCCAGGUGAAAACUGGAGGGAAAGUUUCUUUACGCAAAGCAAGGUAUCGCACUCUGACAAAAGUGUGUGCUGUUCAGGAGAUUAUAGAAAAUGGUAUGAAGCAACAGCUGUCCCUGCCACUCUCUAAUGAUGCACAUCCUUCUGUCGCCAAAAUUAACUCUGUAAUGUGUGAUGUGAACAAAGCAAGAGGAACUCUUAUUGCUCUUCUGAUGGGAGUGAGCAGGAAUGACACCUGCAGGCACCUGUCCUGUGUGCUUACAGGCCUCAUUGCUGAUUUAGAUGCUUUGGAUGUCUGUGGUCGCACAGAAAUCAGAAAUUACAGAAAGGAAGUAGUAGAAGAGAUCAAUAAAUUGCAGAAAUACCUGGACUUGGAAGAGGAAGCAAAUUCUACUCACGCUUAUGAUUUGGCACAAAAUCAGUCCAUUCUAAAAAUAGAAGAGAUCCGCAAGAAGAUGAAGGAAGUUAAUUCUUUACUUUUAAAAACAGAGAAUGCUUCUGAUUUGUAUUUGGGAUCCAAAGCAGAAUUGCAGGGAUUGAUUGCCCACCUAGAUGAGGUGAGUGCUGGAAAAAAUCCCUGUAUUAGAGAGGCCAGGAGAAGAGCAGUAAUUGAAGUUCAAACUCUUAUAACAUAUAUUGAUUUGAAGGAAGCACUGGAGAAAAGGCAAAUGUAUCCAGAGCAAACUGCUGCCGAACAUCAGUCUCAUAAAGCAGUUUGGACUGUUCUUGGAAACUUGUCUCAAAUUCAGCAAGAGGUGAUUUCAUUUGAUGGAAACAGAACAGAUAAAAACUACAUGAGAUUGGAAGAACUUCUUACAAAACAGCUUCUGGCCCUGGAUGCUGUUGAUCCACAAGGUGACGAGCGGUGUAAGGCUGCCAGGAAGCAGGCAGUAAAGCUUGCACAGAAUAUUCUUUACUACCUGGACAUGAAAACAGAUGAAUGGGAAUACUGAAACAGCCACAGCCUGACACAGAAGAACACUUUUUCCUCUGGCACUUUAUGCAGAUCAUUGGCAGCACAUAAUAAAGUGGUGUGUUCUGUGCUUGCUGAAAUCAUGGAGAUUGCAUAAGCAGUUGACUGGGCUAUAUGUCUGCUAUCCCACGCAGUCACCCACUUGCCAUGGCAACUGUCAGUACACCAUCAGCAAUUCUGGUCACUGCUAUAAGCAAAGAAGUGCAAUUCUCUGAAGGAAUAGCUUAAUACUUGAACAAAUGGCUUUUUUUCUUUCUUUCUUUUUUUCUCUCCUGUUUUUGUUUCAAUAGCCUUGUGCAAUGUUCAGUGAAUGCAGAUUUUUCAAAGACACAGAAACUUCCUUAUGGUAUAAUACUGGCAAAAUUAUUUAAAGAGACUGGACAUGAAAAUUAGUAUUCAAGCAUGAGGCUCCAUCCAGCAACUUCACAGCAGUCUGGAUAUACUCUUAAUGUGCUGUUACAACAGAAAGUAUUAAGGGCAAAAAGCCUGCUGGCUUCUGGAUUGUACUUGAUUUAUUCCAUCCAUCACACCGUCUAGAUUUCUCAGUUAAUGGAGCUGUAAUGCCAACUGCAAAUGAGCAUUUACAUAGGCAAAGCCAAUUAUGUCAAUUUUUUAUAAUACCUGAGCCCUUUGAUUUGCAAAAACACGUCUUUUGUUGGUGGAAACUCUUUCAAGUCAUUGCUUUAAGGUACUGAGACUUGGAGAGGAAAAUCUGUGCGUUUAUACCAAACAGAUAAAGGGGAUUUCGAGGAUUUCAAACUGCCAUCCAUAAACCCUUGAAAACUGCACUGAACUUUAUUUAGUGGCUGCUUAGGUGUCUUUUAAAACUCUGCUGUUGCAUCUUGUUUUCACAUUUGGUGAAAACAAACAGAAUUCACUUUGAAGUGAGACGAGCAUUUUGGAAUUAUUUUUGUAAAAUUAGGUGGCUAGCUAUAAAGAUGUCCUAAUGAUGUAAAUGUGUGGUACAUGGUCAGGUGUGGCUUCAAGAAUGUCUUGGAAAAGACUUGUGGCAAAUGUCUCUCCUUGCAACUCAUCACUUAAUUGUUUUAUUAUCUUCAUAAAUAAGCUUGCUUGUACGAUUGUAUGCACCUACCUUUUUGUUUGUGGCUGCUAGUGCCAAUCACAUUUCUAAUAUGGCAUGUUUUUUGGCAUUUUAUGAGAGCAUGGCAUUAAAACGAAUUAAUUAUAAAGAUAUAUUCAAUUAUGGAUAAUUUGCACUCAGCUCUUUCAUGAUGAACUAGGGAAUUACUGUUCUAUAGAUGAUGAUUUGCACCACUUUAAGGAGUAAAAACCAUUUCAGAUGUUAAAUAUUUUUAAGAUCUAUUUUUGACUGAUUAGAGAAGACAGUACUGUCUGUGAGAGACAAGUGCCUUUAUGACACUGCUAACUUGCACCGUCAUAUGUAGAUAUAGGAACUGUUUACUGGCAGCUUGUUACAUUUGUAAUCUUUGCAAACUGGAUUUUUCACAUAUAUAUCUAAUUCUACUAUAGGAUAUGUCAAGUUAACAUGGUAGAAUAGGUGACAGUUGGCCUGUAGAGUCCCAAGAAUGAGUAUCAAAUUUGGGAAAUGUGGAUUCUGCUUAAAAACUAAAGCAUUGAUGUGGAGGUGGGGGACUUUGGGCAGGUCUUCUAUGCCUAUUGCUCCAAGAAGAAUAUGUUCUGUAAUAUACUAUGAGAUGUUGAUUGAAGGCUGCAUACCUUCAGAGUGUGAAUAGAUUUUGUUUGUGAUUGUACAGGUGUUUGCUUUGCAAAUCUGCUUGCCAAAGCUGAUCUAAUUGAGUGCAGUGCCUAAGGCACAAUUUGGCAACGACAGAAUGUUUGUUGGAGGAUUCUCCCUGCUCCUUCAGAAACGCAACCCCAUUGAAUUUAUCUUUCUUUCCCCAAAAAGAAAUUUCCCCUGGUUAAAAUUCCAACCUAUAUUUGAGUACUGUGUGGCUAACACAGAACAUUAAUAGUGUUAUACACCUGAAUUAUUUUACUCAUUUCAAGCUUUCUACACGUUUGAACUGCAACUUCAGAUUUGCACUUACAGUUUUAGGAAAGAUAAGAUUUUGAUAGCAUAAUGAUAUUAUUAAUUUUUCUUUAAUAUUACUGUCAGGUCUGCAGUGAUUACUUGUAGUUUAUUUAAACAAUUUGGUGUCUGUGUUCUCUGGAGGUUACAUGUAGUUUUAUAAAUGUUUGAGCCUCUUAUGUAAAGAUGAAUAAGUAUAGUUAUCAGAUCUGUUCUAUUUUAAAUUUGUCUUUUAGCUUUUCUGAAUGAAUUAUUAUGCCUGCAUCUCUAAGAAGGCAAAUGUGUAAAGUUAGUGUAAUUUUGACUGAGUUCAGUAGCAAGGUAUUAUGUGGAUUAAGCUUUUUUCCAUUGUUCUGUAAUCUAAUAAAUUGACUAUUUAAAUUUUAUGGUAAAAUCCUCAUCUGGAAUGGGAUUAAUUCACAGUUUUUGCAUGAAUGAAAGUAAUAAAAUAAAUAUGCUUAACCAAAAAAAAAAAAAAAAAGGAAAAAGAAAUGCACAGAUUUCUCAAAAAUUUGCUUCUAUGCUGAAGAAUGUAAUUUCUCUGUUUUUUAAUAUCCAAAGAUCGAGAGACACACAACUUUUCUUUCUGAUACAGCAGGCUGAAAUAAUCAGCAAAAUGUAAAUGGACCAAAUGGCAAAAAGCCUGCAUUUUAGUACUAUACUGAAAUAGAACAACUUUUCUGUGUGCUGUGUUAUUUACCUUAGAGGAAAAUAAUUGAUUGGAUAUUUGGAGGAGAGGUAAUCCUGCAUCGUGAUUCCUAUUUGUUAAUUGAAUUUCUUUUUAAACUAAUUUUCUUUAGUUAUUUCAGUGUUUAUUUUUGUUGUUUGCCGCUCAGAGUGGCUUUUGUGUGAUACCAGCUUGGAAGAGAUUUUUGUUAAGUACAGUUCCUACCUUUUCUAUUGAACAGAAAUCGAUGUACGUGCUCCUAAUGGUGUAUAUGUCUUCAGUUAUUGCUGUGUAGGAUAUGGCAUUUGUAUAUACAGAUUCAAGAUUAAAUAUUGCAGUGUUACAUUCUUGAUUAUUAAUACAAAUACGUUACUACUUUUGCUAGGUAUUCAUUUGAAUGUUAUGCCCUGAUGCCUUUCUCUAUUUAUGUUUGAAUGUGAGUUAUCAGAAUGUAAAUGAUUUUUGUCCUAGAGAAAGUGUUUUUAUUAAACAUGCAGACAUAAAGCUCUCUUCUUUCUCCUCUCCUUCUUUAAAAGUCUGCUUUUUCACUGCUGUAAUUAUGAAAAUAAAGUUCUUUGUGUGGAUACCACUCCUACUUGGUAAA